CAUCAUUAAGAUAUUACAAUCCUUUGAGUCAACUCAACAACCAUAAUGUAUUUCAAGGUAAUCGUAUUCGCUGCCACCGUAGCUGUGGCUGCUGCUCAAUACAACCAUGGAUACGGCAAUGCUGUUUCUUCCCAUAACAUCGUUCAACACCAGCCGAGUAUAAUCGCGCACGCUGCACAGCCUGUUGUAGGCCACUAUGCUGCACCAGUUCACCAAGAUUAUAGUGCGCCAGCCCACUACUCCUACGAAUACGGAGUACAAGACCCCCACACUGGAGACUUCAAGUCCCAGCAGGAGAGCCGCGAAGGAGAUGUGGUGCGCGGCUCCUACAGCCUUCACGAGGCUGACGGCACUAUUAGACGUGUUGAAUACACCGCUGACGCACAUAAUGGAUUCAAUGCUGUUGUUCACCGUGAGGGACAAGCCCACCAAGCUCCCGCCUACCAACAUUAGAAACCCUAGUCCAUAAAUAUUGUAGAUUAUAAUAAGCAUCAAAAAUAUAAAAAUUACACAUAUGAGAUU